AUGUUGUCCAUGGAGAUAAAAAUGACUUGUAGUGACAUUUUGAAAUAUGAGAAAGACAUAGCGAUGCUUAGAUCUAGUCUGGUGAGUAGGUUGCCGUAUGACAUUUUCAGGGACUAUAGCAGAACUAUUAAUAGGUCAUUUAACACAUUAUUCAAGAAAGUCAAAUCUGUUAACAUGAUCAAAUUUGAGAAGUUGUGUAGAGCCCAGUUAAGAGAUAACGUCCUGUUUCAAGACAAUUCAAAUUGGUUUAGGAAUUUGUCUGAUAUAGAGAUCCCCAGGGAUGUGUCUGAUUUUUUAUCGUUGGGUCCAGACUUCAGUGUAGGAUACAUUAACAAAAGAUCAUUAAUUAAAAACGUGUUAAUGGACGUGGAAAAUAUUUUGAGUGAGGUUCCUCAAGAACAGAGAGAUAUAACCAGAGCACAAACCACUAACAUCAUAACAAACUUCAAUCAUAGAUCAGACGGCGUCAAGCAGACUCAUUUACAAAGAUUAUUUAGGAAAACACAAAAAUUUCUGAAGAAUAAUCCUGAACUUUAUAUUGUUAGGGCGGAUAAAGGUGGCAGCACAGUCGCCAUAAACAAACAAAGUUACAUCGAAAAGACUAAAGUCCUUCUUGCUGAUGAAAGGACUUACAGAACUUUGAGAAGGGACCCUACGGCAGCUGCACAGAAGAAAUUGAAUGAAUUAUUAAGGAGAUUACACCGAUUGAAGGAAAUAACUGACCCACAACUAAAACAAUUGACAAUAUAUAAUUCUGCCCAUCCGAAACUCUAUACCCUACCGAAGAUUCAUAAGGAGAACAUACCUAUGCGCCCCAUUGUAAGUUCUGUUAAUACUUUAACAUAUAAGAUUUCAAAAUUCAUCGCUGACAUCUUGAAAGUUUCAUUCCAUGAUAGAAAUGAAUAUAACAUUAAAGAUACGUUUGCGUUUGUUGACAAAAUGAGGGAUGUAACCCUGCCAGAAGGAUAUAUCCUGAUUUCACUGGACGUAGUAUCCCUUUUUACGAAUAUCCCGUUGGAUCUCAUAUUAGAAAUUCUGCGAAAAAACUGGGAUCUGAUAAAACCCCACACUACCUUAAGCAGGGAGAGCUUCAUUGAGAUCAUUGAGUUCAUAUUCAACAACGCAUACUUUGUCUUUGACGGUGAAUUUUAUGAGCAAAUAUUCGGCACACCAAUGGGGUCACCGUUGAGCGCCAUUUUGGCAACCAUCAUCUUAGACUAUCUAUUAGACAUGGUUUUACCAACAAUUUGGUUCCACAUACCCUUCUUUUACAAGUUUGUUGACGAUCUGUUUUGUGCAAUCCCAGCGGAUAAAACAGCAUUCAUUUUGGAUACAUUCAACGGAUUUAACGCAAAUUUGAAAUUCACUAUGGAAGUUGAAAGGGAUAACAGCCUACCCUUCUUAGAUACUCGAGUAAUUAGGAGUGAAAAUAAUAGGAUUCUUCUGGAUUGGUACCAGAAGCCCACUGCAUCGGGCAGAUUCAUAAAUUUUCACUCCCAGCACCCUUAUAAUCAAAAAAUAAACAUGAUUAAAGAACUAAAAAAUAGAGUAUGCUAUAUCUCAGAUGAAUCAUUGCUGAAAAAGAACCUUCGUAGGUUGUUUGAGAUUUUUCAGAAUAACGGUUACCCUAAAAAUACCCUCAACAGAUUGAUACACAAUAGGGAAUCAAGGUUGACAACAACAACUGAACAAACAAACAGUUUUAAAUUCAUGAGGAUUCCAUUCGUUAAAGAUUUGACACCCAACCUUAUAGGAGUUUUGAACAAAUUUGAAAACAUCAAACUCGCCAAAUAUAAUUUAACGAAGGUAGGUGACCUGUUCUCGAGGACCAAGGAAAGGACACCAAUAGAAUUAUGCACUAAUGCAGUAUAUAAGAUCUCAUGUCAACAUUGUGAUGGUUGUUACGUGGGCCAAACGCAACAAUGGUUGAAACAAAGAAUCACUCAACAUAGAAGUGAUUGCCGUAUUGGAAAGAACUCGUGUGCUUUAGUUAGACACUGCCAAGAAACUGGGCACAGUUUUGCUUUCGGGUUUGAUGAUAUCAGAGUGUUGGAGACAGAUUCGAAUUACAGAAAUAGGUUAUUCCUCGAAAUGUUACAGAUUGGCAAGCAGCAAAAUGCAGUGAACUUUAAAUCGGACACGGACCGUAUGAGUGCGAUUUAUAGUGACCUCUUGAAUAUUUUAUAG